CCUACCUCAUUUUCGCCUGGCAGGUCAGCUGCUCUGUGUUUCAGUCUGAAGCCGUUGGCUGCUACUGAACCGUUUGGCUCUUUUCUCUACUAGCGAGCAAACCUACAUUCUAGACCCAACUGUCCAUCCAGCUCAUUUUUAAGGGGAUUUAUCAUUGUAUAUGCCCGUGUAUCCAAAACACAUCGGUCAUUGGGGAUUCCUAGCACCGGUUGGCCGGGUCUCACGGCCGUUAUAACGCUUUUUCGAGGUUUAAUUAGAGCUAGAAAACAACGGUAGUGGAGGAGGAGGAGAUUCCAUAUUAGGAGCACAGAGGAGAAGGCACCCCCCUUGUGUGAUUUGGAUCUUUUGGUUCUGAGCCCAUGGUACUAGGCCCUGACUGAACGUACUGGUGGGGCGUACAGACUUACUACUGUGGCUAGGUGUGUGCGUGCUGACCUCAUGGUGUAACAGGAGUAAAGAUGAGCAUUAGCAGUGAUGAGGUCAACUUCCUGGUCUACAGAUACCUACAGGAGUCAGGGUUCUCCCACUCAGCAUUUACAUUUGGCAUAGAGAGUCACAUCAGCCAGUCCAACAUCAAUGGUGCUCUGGUUCCCCCUGCUGCCCUCAUCAGCAUCAUCCAGAAGGGCCUGCAGUAUGUCGAGGCUGAAGUCAGCAUCAAUGAGGACGGCACGUUAUUUGACGGGCGGCCCAUAGAGUCUCUGUCCCUGAUUGAUGCCGUGAUGCCGGACGUUGUUCAGACGAGGCAGCAGGCCUACCGGGACAAAAUGGCCCAGCAACAGGCUGCUGCUUCAGCACCAACAUCGACCACGGGGGGGAGCAUUGCCGGCAACGCCAAGAACGGAGAGAAUACUGCCAACGGGGAGGAGAACGGAGCCCAUGCCUUAGCUAACAACCACGCAGACCUGAUGGAGGUCGACGGCGAUGUGGAGAUCCCUCAGAACAAGGCCAUGGUCUUGCGGGGCCACGAGUCCGAGGUCUUCAUCUGUGCCUGGAACCCAGUCAGCGAUCUGCUGGCAUCAGGGUCUGGGGAUUCGACAGCUCGCAUCUGGAACCUGAGUGAAAACAGUACAAGCAGCUCGACGCAGCUUGUCCUGAGACACUGCAUACGAGAGGGGGGACAGGACGUCCCCAGCAACAAAGACGUCACCUCGCUAGACUGGAAUAGCGAGGGAACGCUGCUAGCAACAGGCUCCUAUGACGGUUUUGCCAGAAUAUGGACAAAGGACGGGAACCUGGCCAGUACACUUGGCCAACACAAAGGUCCCAUCUUUGCCCUUAAGUGGAAUAAAAAAGGCAAUUUUAUCCUCAGUGCAGGAGUAGACAAGACAACAAUCAUAUGGGAUGCCCAUACAGGAGAAGCCAAACAACAGUUUCCCUUCCAUUCAGCUCCUGCGCUAGACGUGGACUGGCAGAGCAACAACACGUUCGCCUCCUGUAGUACAGACAUGUGCAUCCACGUCUGUAAACUGGGACAGGACCGACCCAUUAAAACAUUCCAGGGACACACGAAUGAAGUAAAUGCAAUCAAGUGGGAUCCCACAGGGAACCUGCUAGCCUCCUGCUCGGACGACAUGACACUGAAGAUCUGGAGUAUGAAGCAGGACUCGUGUGUCCAUGACCUGCAGGCCCACAGUAAAGAAAUCUACACCAUCAAAUGGAGCCCCACCGGCCCUGGAACCAACAACCCCAGCGCUAACCUCAUGCUAGCCAGUGCAUCGUUUGACUCCACGGUUCGUCUUUGGGACGUGGAGAGAGGCAUCUGUAUCCAUACGCUGACCAAACACCAGGAGCCGGUCUACAGCGUGGCCUUUAGCCCCGACGGGCGACAUCUGGCCAGUGGCUCCUUUGACAAAUGCGUGCACAUCUGGAAUACACAGACGGGUGCUUUAGUCCACAGUUACAGAGGGACAGGGGGAAUCUUUGAGGUUUGCUGGAAUGCAGCGGGGGACAAAGUGGGAGCCAGCGCAUCAGACGGAUCUGUGUGUGUACUAGACCUUCGGAAAUAGUGCUGCUGUUUGUUGGAAGCCAUGGACCGACCAUGAAUGUGUACAUAGCCAAAUGACUGUCCCAGCCUGCCCUGCGUACUGCUCACGCUUACGACUAUUGGCCCCGCUGACCGACAAACAGGAAGCAGGAAACAGGAACAGGAAGCAAGCACGCACCCUCUCGACACAGCAGGUCCAGACACAGGGAUGAACAGACGGACAGACAGACAGAAGGGUGGAUCAACGGGCGGAUGGAAACGCCCCUCUCUAUCUGUGCAGACUCUUACAGAGAUGCAGAAGGGACGCAGUGGAAAAAAAGUAAAAACUUGAUAGACAAAAAAAACAAAAAAAAACAAAGUUACAGAUCGGUAUAUGUACCAAAAUUUGGAAGCUAUUUUGCUUUUUUGAUCUUUAAACCAUGCUCAUUGUCAUCAAAAUGAAAAACGAUGAAAAAAAAGUUUACUAGUUGGAUCUCAUUGUGCAGACAUAUCAACUUCUCCACCAUAAAAUAGGAUGGCACUUAGUUUUUUUGAAAUUUCCAAUCUCUUGUUUCAAUGUUUUUAUAUUUUUUAUCUUUGGGAGAGGGGACGGGCUGGUCAGGUCAAGAGUUUUAAUGAUUGGAGAAUGCCGCCAUACACACUCAGACGUUCACACCAAACAGUGUCCUCGCCAGGACUGUGAACCAGUGUCUAAAGGCUGCUAUGGUUCGGUAGUGGCCCCUCACACGGUUAACCUCUAAAUGCAGUAGUUCAUGUGGUGUCUUUUCUCCGGGGGACAAACUGAAUUCCCCCGUGUACAUCCAAUGGGACGCAGCACAGAUGAUGUCCAUCUAGAUGCUUUAAAAACAGCUCGUCUGUGCACUAUUUGAUCUAGAUGGUUUUACCCACAGUUCUCCUCUCUGGACCCGGCGGUCAUGGCAGUUACCUGUGUGAUGAAACGAAAACAAAUAAAAGCUUCUAUUGGCAAGAAGCUGACCUCCACUUGUCUGAAUGUUUAAGGCUGUUGUGAGUUUCAUUAAUGCAACAGGAAGUCAGGUCCCAGCUCACAUAACAUCCUGUCCUCAGCCAGUAGGAUUCCAGCUGUUCUUUUUUGUCCUUUGGCUAACCUGUUUUCUAACCUUUUCUAAAAAGGCUAGAAAACCCUUUUUUUCCCCUAACCCUUUACCAGCAUUUACUCAGCAUCUGUAAGACUUCAUUUCUGAUGUGAUUCCCCCUCUAAGGCCUCCGAUCACCAAACACAUGAUGCCCUGAAGUGUGGUGGUGGAGAAGUGAAAGUGUUGUCCCACUUUUUAGCUUUUGCAGAUUCUCAAGCGUUAGAUGCUCUGGAGGCAGAAAUUAGCUCAGCGGCUAAAA